AUGUCGCAGCAAAUCCCUGUCAGCGGGGUUAUGGCUAGCAGGGGAGGUCCAUGGGACUCGAACCGCAGCGCAAGCUACUCGAGUAAUGCGUAUCUAUCUGGCAGCUCCGUCGUGCCCUUGACCCCGAACUCGGCGGUGCCGCGGCUGGACUCGUCGGGCUUCCAGGCCGGUAGCGUAUACACUGGACUGCCAUCUCCCGUCCAAUAUGGCACCCCGGGUCUAUCAUACGGGGUGUAUAGCAGCAACAGCAACAACAAUUCCAACAGCUCGCAGGCGAGAGAUCCGCGAGGCCGGUACUCAUCGGCGGAUUCAGUGGAGGAUAUAAUCACAUCCCCGAACCUAUCGGAUUAUUCCCUGGAGACGGCAGGUGGCAACGCUGCCAAGAAGAACAACAGCAACAGCAACAGCAACAGUGCCGGCAGCAGACGUCGAUCCCAGAGACGACCGUCUAAUAGGGACGAGUUUGACGGCCCGCACCAGUUCCUACAGCGUCCGCCGCCCAACGUAAUUGCCAUGCAGGAGAGGGAUCUCCCUCACCUGCCCACCAACCUACACGUCCAAGAGCAGGACCACAUCCUGAGCCGAGUCAACGACCGGCUCUCCCAGUGCGCCUUUGACUUCGUCGCCAAGUACCAGUUCCCCAUCCCCCUCACCCAGGACAUGAGGCCCGUCGAGUGCGCCCGGGACCGCGAGUGGACCGAGUGGGUGUACCUCCUGAAGAGACUGGCCACCAAGCGCCGCAUACCCGCCCACGUCCUGUACAACGGCCAGAUCAAGCAGUUCGUCACCAUCCUCGAGAGCUCCCUCGAGAUGAAGCACGCCUCCAAGCACCAGAGCCGACCCCUCAAGGACGACCGGAACAUCCUCCAGCUCAUCUCGGCCGGUAUCCAGGUGGCCAAGAUCCUCAAGGAUGCCCCCGCCAUGGACUAUCUCGACCAGCUUUAUGUCUCUACCGACAUGCAGAUACGCGACCGUACCCAUUCGCGCUUCCGCGCCUAA